UUUUAGUUGUCUGUUCGUCCUCAUAUACCUGCUGCUGUCUCCGUGACUGCCACAGUACCAUUAAAUACGUAAGGAUAUCGAGAGAAAGGACAAAUUCGUAAUUUCAAUAUUAUAGAAAAUAGUAAUUGCGUGAUCUGAGAAACCGAGAAGGUUAUUCGAAAAAUGAAUAAUAUUCUUCUUCUACAUGCUUAAUCAAAGCAAAAGGCCACACAGCGAGAGAGGAAUUAGAAUUCUUGGGAUUAAGAAUUCAGAAUCGGGAACUGGGAGAAAUGGGGUUCUUCAGUACGAUUUUCGGUUUCUGUGGCUUUGGAGUAGGGAUUUCAAUGGGACUUGUGAUCGGUUAUUACCUAUUUAUCUUUUUCCAGCCUACCGAUGUUAAGGAACCUGAAAUUCGUCCCUUGGUUGAGGAAGACUCAGAAACUUUGCAACGGAUGCUUCCAGAGAUACCCUUGUGGGUGAAAAAUCCAGACUAUGAUCGAAUUGAUUGGCUAAAUAAGUUUCUUGAGUAUAUGUGGCCUUAUCUCGACAAGGCCAUUUGCAAGACUGCCAAGAACAUUGCAACCCCAAUCAUUGCUGAACAGAUUCCCAAAUAUAAGAUUGACUCGGUUGAAUUUGAAACGCUUACUUUAGGGACCCUACCACCAACUUUUUCAGGAAUGAAAGUUUAUGUCACUGAUGAGAAGGAGCUGAUUCUGGAACCUUGCUUAAAGUGGGCUGGAAAUCCUAAUGUCACAGUUGCUGUUAAAGCGUUUGGGUUGAAAGCAACUGCUCAGGUGGUGGAUUUGCAAGUCUUUGCAUUACCACGUAUAACUUUGAAGCCCUUGGUUCCUAGUUUUCCUUGUUUUGCUACAAUCUAUGUGUCUCUCAUGGAGAAGCCACAUGUUGACUUUGGAUUAAAGCUUUCAGGAGCUGAUAUUAUGUCGAUACCUGGCCUCUACAGGCUUGUCCAGGAGAUUAUUAAGGAUCAGGUUGCCAACAUGUAUCUAUGGCCUAAAACCCUUGAAGUACAAGUCAUGGAUCCUGCAAAGGCCUUGAAGAGGCCUGUGGGAAUUCUCAACGUGAAAGUUGUAAGGGCAAUGAAGCUGAAGAAGAAAGAUCUGCUGGGUGCGUCUGAUCCUUAUGUGAAAAUAAAGUUGACUGAGGAUAAGCUACCAUCAAAGAAGACCACAGUAAAACACAAGAACUUGAAUCCAGAAUGGAAUGAAGAAUUCAAUUUGGUUGUUAAAGAUCCUGAGACCCAGGCUGUUGAGUUUCAUGUGUAUGACUGGGAGCAGGUUGGCAAACAUGAUAAGAUGGGUAUGAAUGUAGUUCCUUUAAAAGAACUUUCACCGGAGGAGCCAAAACUUACCACUCUUGCCCUCCUUAAAAAUAUGGACUUGAAUGAUUCUCAAAAUGAAAAGUCACGCGGGCAAUUGGAGGUGGAACUGACAUAUAAACCUUUCAAAGAGGAUGACUUGCCCAAUGUUUUGGAAGAGUCAAAUGCGGUGCAGAAGGCUCCUGAAGGAACCCCUGCUGGUGGAGGUUUACUUGCAAUUAUUAUCCAUGAGGCUCAGGAUCUUGAAGGAAAGCAUCAUACUAAUCCACAUGUACGGCUUAUUUUUAGAGGGGAGGAGAGGAAAACUAAGACUGUUAAGAAGAGCAGAGACCCAAGAUGGGAAGACGAGUUCCAGUUUACAUUGGACGAGCCUCCCACUAAUGAUAGGCUACAUGUGGAAGUUGUCAGUACCUCAUCGAGGAUGGGAUUGCUGCAUCCAAAGGAAUCUCUGGGUUAUGUGGACAUUAGUCUGGCAGAUGUUGUUAGCAACAAAAGAAUCAAUGAGAAGUUCCACCUUAUAGACUCUAAGAAUGGUCGGAUUCAAAUUGAGUUGCAGUGGAGAACAUCUUCCUGAGCUUUUCAAUUGUUCGUUUUUCAUUUAUAUUCACUUGUGUUAUUUGGAUUUUUGUUUGUAGGUAAGAAAACAUCUGUUGUUUCUGCCCUAGAAAUUUACCCAAUUCUUUAUGUUGCUUCUGUAAAUGAUUGCAAUAAAAUAAAAGGGAAAAAAGAACAGUUGCCUCGUCA